AUGGUCCAACUAACUAUACAUACGUCCUUGCUUUUCGACCCCAAGGUGAAAAAGAACCGCAAGAAUGUGUCCAUUACUGUCGACACGGCGAGUGGACUCAUUGUUCGGGUCUUUGAACGUGCAGAUGAGAAUGUGCAGACCAUGAAUGAAGGAGAUAUUGAUCUGCGGGGAAAAUACGUGAUGCCUGGCUUGGUAGAUGCUCAUACUCACGUAUUCUUGCACUCGUAUGACGAGGCUGGUGCAUUGCAGCAGAAAAGAGAUGAAAGUAUGACAGAAAGAAUCGUCCGGGGAGUGAACCACUGCCGGACUGCGCUUCUUGCGGGCUACACAACAUACAGAGAUCUAGGUUCGGAAGGAAUGCAGGAAUCAGACGCCAACCUACGAGAUGCCAUUGCUCGUGGACUGACACCUGGGCCUCGACUUUUCGUGGCCACCAAGGUAAUUGCCAGCACCGGAUCAUACGAGUGCCGCACUGAGAACAGCGCAGGUGGCCACUGCUUACCAGCCGGCUGCGAUGCUGUAGACGGCGUUGAGCAAUGUCGACAAGCUGUUAGGCGGCGUAUUGCAGCUGGGGCAGAUAUCAUCAAGUUCUUUGCUGAUUACCGGCGAAGGAUAAUGAGAUCACCGCCUUUGCAGCCACAUCCAUACAUCCCCAGUGUGCUUCAUCCACCCAAGGAGCCUAACCCAGACUCCAUGGUCUUUUCACAGGAGGAGAUGAAUAUGAUUGUUGCAGAGGCAGCGUUAGCUCGUUGCCCCGUGUCUGCGCAUUGCUGUACCUUGGAAGGAGCACUUGGGGCCAUUGAAGCUGGCGUCAAUUCUAUUGAGCAUGCGUAUUAUGCUACUGAUGAGAUGUUUAGACGCAUGAUCGAGAAAAAAGUGAUCUUUGUGCCGACCCUUGCCAUAGCUGAAAAACUGCACGCUAAACGCUUCGACCAAAUCCUGCGUUCAGUAAAGCGUGCUCAUGAACUCGGCGUUCGUAUUGCAUGCGGUGGGGACACUGGUACAUACCCACACGGUGAUAACGCCAGAGAGCUCGAGUUGAUGAUUGAAGCUGGCAUUUCUGUUGCAGAUGUUUUGGAAUCGUGCACCCUGGGCGGUUGGGAAGCCUGUGGAGGUGACCUUUCUGGGCGGAGAUUUGGUUGGUUUGAAGAGGGAACGCAAGCAGAUAUCAUUGCCCUGGAUGAAGAUCCGGAGCAUGCCACUGAUGCACUGAGAAAGAUCAACUUUGUCAUGAAGGAUGCAAAGGUGUGGAAAGCCGGCGGAGAGUCUCAGGGCAUGCCCUAA